AUGAGAGCACUCUACCUAAGCAACACGUGUUCGACGCGAUGUUCUCAAGGAUGGAUCAAAUUAAAGCGUCCGCGUUUCGCACUGCGGGUUCGAGGCCUUGAUGCGGCGCAGCCGUUUGAUAGCGAAAAUAAGUUGAGAGCCAAGUUCGUUCAGAAAAGAACUCUGCGUAUCGGCAUCAUAGGCUUCGGGAAUUUCGGGCAGUUCCUAGCAAAACACUUCGUGCGUCACGGGCAUGUCGUGAUAGCCACAUCAAGGGGCGACUACUCACAAGCUGCAGAGGUGAUAGGAGUAAAGUUUUAUCCAGAUGCCGACGACUUUUGUGAGGACCAUCCUGAUGUGGUGAUUGUCUGCACGAGCAUACUCUCUACGGGGGAUAUGUUACGGACGUUCCCGCUACAGAGACUAAAGCGCAACACUCUUUUCUGCGAUGUGCUAUCCGUGAAGCAGUUUCCAAAGCAGCUAUUCCAGCAGUUGCUACCACCAGAUUUUGACAUAUUGUGUCUCCACCCUAUGUUUGGUCCAGACAGUGGAAAGCACAGCUGGAAGGACCUACCGCUCGUGUUUGAUAAAGUUCGAAUCGGAACCGAACUGUGUAGAGUCGAAAGAUGCGCCAGCUUAUUAGGAAUCUUCGAGGCCGCUGGUUGUAGCAAACUGGUUUGGACACAUUGUUCCGGUGGUGGAAGGCAACCACCACGGAGUCGAGAACAGGCGGCUUCAUCUCAGUUCAUCACGCACACUGUUGGGCGUAUGCUUGGUACUAUGGAACUCACAGAGACCACGAUCAACACGAAAGGCUUCGAGUCACUCCUUUCUCUGGUAGAUAACACUUACAACGACUCUUUUGAACUCUACUACGGUCUAUUUAUGUACAAUAAGAACGCAACUGCUGAACUUUCACGGCUUGAGCUGGCAUUGACAACAGUGAAGAGUGAGCUCUUCGAUCGUCUGCAUGAACGCAUCAGGAGCGAUUUUUUUAACGAGAACUGA